AGCAAUAUCUUCCGCCAGGAUCCCUCACCCGAGACCGACGCAGCUUGGGACGAUCUUCUGGGCGGCCACGCAAAUCGGAUCUUCGUCUCCAAAGAAGAUUGGAUAAAGAGCGGUUUGGAUCCUGAAACGGGCGCCCAGUGGCUCGGCGACCCGACCGGCGAAACGUACAUGGCGGAGAUAAAUGCCUUUCAUCUCGUCCAUUGCCUCAACUACUUGCGCAAAGCCGCGUUCCUGGACUACUACGAUGUGCAAGUCAUCAUAUCCAUCCUGCUGACUCUUGCCCGCGUAGACUGGUCACAUUUCUACCACUGCCUCGACAUGAUCCGUCAAGAGCUCAUGUGUACAGCCUCCCUCGACCUCUCGCCUCUAGUGUGGUCUCAGCAUCAGAAAAUGCCGUAUCCAUACUUCACAAUCGACCGACAAUGCCGACGAUGGGACGACAUCAUUCGAUACAGAGACGAGCAUCAAAUGAAUGAAGAACAAUUGAAUGUGAUG